ACCACCGACUGUCUGGAGGAGGAGAUGACACUGCCGCCACUCCCCCCAGGAGGCCCCCCCCACCACCGCCGCCACUACUGCCGCCACUGCCACAGCCUCCGCCAGCCCGGCACACUACCAGGCCUCCUCACAGCAGCAGAGGAGCCGGUCCUUUGAGGCGAUAGAGAUGCAAGUGGUGGGGGGCGGCCCGGUGAGUGGUGGGGGGGAGAGUGAGACCCCCCCAGUUGGAUGCAGUUCCCGAAAUUCUAUCAUGGACGCGGGUGCCCAACCUCCGGCAACGAUAGACCUGAAGGCCGACGUGCACCACAAGGACAGCUCUGGCAGUGAGGAGGGCAGCAAGUGUGAGGCCGCCGCUGCCUCCGCCACUGCUGCCAGCACCCCCAGGGAUCCCCAGGACACCGCCAGAAGUGACAAGAGGACUAGAGCAGAGAGCAGCAGCAGCGGAGGGGGCAUUGGGUCAGGGCCACAUGGAGGGGAGUACGGCCUGUCUGUGUCGGACAUCAUGCUGGCAGACGUGGCGGAGAUUACUGAGUCGCUGAACCACCCCAUCAUAGCCAAGCACUCGCAGGUCACCCAACACCCCUCCAAGCAUUCACACUCCUUGCUAAAAUCUGUGGCGUGGUGUGGUGGCGGCGGUGGCGGCAGCAGCGGUGGUAGUGGGGAUGACAACACCACCACCGUGAGCAGCACCCUGCAUGGCGGCAGCAGCGGCAGCAUUGGGGGCAGCGCAGGGCGGGGACACAAGCGGCUCAGGCGGAUCAUGGCCUCUGUCGGAUCCAUCGCCACCGCCACCACCUCCCUGUGUGACUCCCAUUCUGUGGAUAUUGUUUACUCCAAAAGUGCCAAAGGAGAGAAGGGAGGCAGUGUCCAUUACCGUCCCAGCCUGCACGGGGGGACGGGCUCCCUAGGGUUGGAGGGAGGGCCAGGGGGUGGGGGCUCUUCCUCAUCAGCCCCCUCCCCUCCCUCCUCCCUUCCCUCCGCUGCUGAGCCCCCAUCACACCCAGUCAGCUUGGAAGUGAUCACCAGUGAUGAGGGAAGCAGCAGACGUCACCAUCAUCGCCACCAUCAUAGUCACCACCACAGUCACCACCACAACCGUCACCACCACAGCAGUAAUAGUAGCAGUAGUAACAACACUCACAACCAACAGCAGCAGCAACAACAGCAACAACAGCAGCAGCAGCAGGCAACACCACCAGUGACGUCAGGGAGUGGUGGGGGAGGUCACCGCCACCGCCACCACCACCCUGGGCCGCCGCAGCAGCAUCACAGCCGCAAGCUGUCGCUGGGGCCGCCCUCAUGGGGCCUGGAGGCUGCCAACAUUUCUGUGAUUGAGGAAAGAGCCAACAGUGCCAGCGCUGUCAUUACCACCUCCUCCAACUCCACCGCCACCACCACCACCCCCUCACCCUGUGACCGCUCCCCUGCCACCACCUGCUGCACCGCUAACAGCGAUGGGGAGACAGACGAGGAGGGUCCCGCCAAGGGGUCCCACUCUCCCCUGCUGACCCGCCACCAGAGCCUGGAGGGAAAGGGGUCUGGCGGGCGGCGGGCACGGUCUGGGGCAGCCCGGCUGGCCCAGCAUGCCCAGCGGGGCCCCAGCCGUGCCUACCGACCCCUGGUGUUCCGCAGCAGCUCUGCCAUCACCUCAAAGUUUGGGGAGCGGCCGCGGGUGGAGGGUGGCGGGGGCGAGAUGUCCCGGGUGUGCACCCUCACCUUUGAGAACAUGUACGCUGAUGAGGAGAGCAGCUCAGACACCCUGAGUGCCGUCAAGCUGUCCAGCAGCUCUGAUGAAACCCUCAGCAGCCUGGCCGAUCGCCUCAGCCUGCAGGGUGCCCUGGGGUGUGACGGCACUGGUGGCAACUGCGGGGCAUCCGGGGAGGGCAGUCCUGAGCACUGUGGUGGCCCUGGCGGCGAUGGGGAGCGGCAGGCCAGCCCAAGGGAGGAGGGGAGCACAAGGCUGACCAGGAGCCCUGGGGAGGCGGCAGCUGGCCGGGGGGCGGAGAGCCGAUCGCCCAGCCCCGGCCUGGACUGGCUCUUCUUCCACAGCGACUCGGACUCUGAGUCAGCAGAUGUGGCGCGCGCUGGUAGCGGGCACCCCCGCCGGCUUUCCUCGCACCAGCUGAGUGAUGACGACAGCUGGAAUAUGAUCCGCUCCUCCCCAGAGAGCCCCAUGGAGGUGCCCACACACUCCGCCUCAGCCACGCAGGGCGCCAUCCCCAAGAAGCGGCGGCAGGGCGUGGUGGUGGAGGAGGCGGGAGAGGGAGAGCGGACGGGGCGGGGGGAGGCCACAGUGACCAUGGAGGACCUGGUGCGGCGCCUGCUGGACAUCCUGAACAGCUCCCUGCAUGACCCGCAGCAGUGCCACCGAGACAUCCAGAAGCUGGUGGUGCUCAAGCAGCGGCUGGAGCAGGAGGGUGGCAUCAGCAGCACCGUCAAGGGUGCCUCGCUGCUCUCUGAGGCACAGGCCAACGUAACUGCCGGGGGUGGCGGCGGCGGCUGCAGUGGCGGUGGCAGCAGUGGUGGUGGCGGUGGCAGUGGCGGCGGCAGCAAUGCUGACUCAGAGCAGCCGGCCGAGACACACCUGUACAGGAAGCCGGCCGUGCGGCGGCGGCGGCACGUGGCGGGCAACAACACGUCCUCCUCCCCCCCCACCACCCCCAGUGAAGCCCCCCAAGACAUAUCCACCCUCCUCACCACCACUCUCACCACUGCCCUCCCCACCACCAGCCUCACCACCACCCAUUCAUCCCCACACCACCACCAACACCAGCCGCAGCAGCACCACCACCAACACCAGUCACACAACCACCACCACCACCACCAUGAGGGCUCCAGCAGAACCCACAAGGGGUCACAGAGGCUGCUGUCCUCCUGGAUGGGCCGUGGCGGGGGUGGGGGGGACAGUGGGGAUGAGGGCGGCAGUAGCCGGCCCCACAGAGGCCCUCCUCCAGACAAGAGACCCGAAGGUGGUGGUGGGGCAAUGGAGUGUGCGUCCCCUGCGGAGGGCGUGCCGCCGCUGUCCCCCGGCACCCACCUGGCCUUCUCCCAUGAGGACACCAGUGACGGCGCAGUGCACUGCUUCCAGGACGAGCAGGGCAACUGGCUCACCUACACCUUCAACGACCGCGGCGUGAGCACUGCCUCCAGCGUGGCGCCCGUCAGCGACUCCAGGGUGCUCAACAAGCUGCGGCGCUGUGGCGGCAGUGGCAACGGCGGUGGCGGCGGCGGCGGCAGUGGUGGCGGUGGCGGCGGCGGUGGCUCCAGCAACCAGAGCAGAGGCGGCAGUGGUGGCGGCAGCACUGGGGGGCCCAUGGGGGGCUUGGCACGGGAGGACAGCUCCCUCAGCAGCUCCUCCAUGUCCCUGUGCUCAGGCCUCACCAUCAUUCUAGACAACCACUUCCCUCCCACCUCCCUCCCCCUCUCUCCCCCACUCUGGCCAGACUUUGUCAAAGCUCCAGCCUCUCAGGCGUCCCCGGUCUCUGAGGGCACCAGUGGGGCCCUGGCAGUAGCUCACAGGAGGGGCUCUUGUCCCCCAGUCUCCGGCGGGCGGGACCCGGACCGGAGUGGCCUGGAGGGUGCUGGAGAUCCCAAUCCCAUUCCCAUCCCCAUCCCCCUGGUGGGUGUGGGGCCGCGGGGCGGGCGGGACCUGCCCCUGCUGUCCUCCGAGACGCGGCACCACCUGCAGCUGCUGAGCAUCGGGGCGCCCCACAACCCGCUGCACCUGUUCACCAACGCGUUCUUUGAGCGGCGGCGCUCCAGCAACCGCACGCGCGGGGUGAUCACCUCGGAGGUGAUGGACACCAUCAGCCUGCAGGGCCGCAGCUUGGACGUGGACCUGGCCCUGGCCUCCAGCAAGCUCAAGUUCCCCACGCCAGCCCCCCAGACCCUCCACUACUACCGCCUGCGCCUGUGCGGCAAGACCUCCGUCAGGGUGCGCUUCGACCGCCUGUUCCUGCUGGCGCUGCUGGACCGUAAUGUGACCGUAUGGGAGAACAUGGCCUGUGUGUUCCUGGCCGUGCUGGUGGGCGUGCUGGGCUGCCUGGUGCUGCAGCGGGACUUCUACCGGGAGCAGGACGUGCUGUUCUUCUGCCUGGUGAUGGGCAGCUGCCAGUACUCCCUGUUCAAGAGUGUGCAGCCUGAUGCCGCCUCGCCCACGCAUGGCUACAACCGCGUGGUGCUGUACAGCAGGUCGGUGUACUUUGUGCUGUGCUGCAGCCUCAUCCUGCUGCUGCAACUGUACCUGGAUGGUGGUGGGGAGCGGGUGCAGUUCGUGCUGUACGGCUUGGACUUCACCAAUCCGGGCCUGCUGCAGCAGUGCCGGGACGUGCUGCUGCUGUUUGUGCUGUUCUUCCCGCUCAUCUUCAGCCUGGGCCUGCUGCCGCAGAUCAACACUUUCCUCAUGUACCUGCUGGAGCAGACAGACAUCCACGUGUUCGGCGGCAACGCCACCACCAGCCUGGUGUCUGCACUGUACUGUGUGGGCCGCUCCCUCCUCACCGUCCUCUUCCUGUUUGGCUUUGCUUACGGCGGCCUGAGGGAGAAGGAGGCCCAGACGCAGCACAUCCUCUACUCCAUCUUCUGUGGCCUGGCAGUGGCAUUCAGCUACCACCUCAGCCGCUCCACCUCUGACCCCACCACCCUGUGGCGCCUCAUCCAGCAGCACAUGUGGCCCGAAGAGCUGCGGCGGGAGGGAGGCUCCGACGCGCCCCAGCCCCCCCAGGAGGCGGACGAGCUGACGGACCCUCUGCCGGAGAAGCUGCGGGGCACGGUGCACUCUCGGCUGGUUCAUGACGCCAUCACCUGCACCGCCACUGCCGUCCUCAUCUUUGCCAUCCACUCCAGCACCGUGUUCACUGUGUUGCUGGAUGGGGACGGCCCCAACCUCUUCACUGGCUUGUGGAUCUUUGCCAGCCUGCUGGGCUUCCUCACUCACUAUGUGGUGCCCCAGCUAAGGAAACAGCUGCCCUGGCUGUGCGUGGCCCACCCCGUGUGCCGCUCCCACGAGUACAGCCAGUUUGAGGUGUACGACGCCGCCAAGAUCAUGUGGUUCGAGCGGCUGUACGUGUGGCUGUGCAUCCUGGAGAAGAACGUGGUGUACCCUCUGCUGUUCCUGUGUGCCUUAACCAAAGACGCCCCCAUCCUGGUGCGCAAGUUUGGGGUGAACGUGGGCACGCUGAUCACCGUGGUGUGCGGCGUCAAGUGCCUGCGCAGCGUGUACUCUCAGCCGCAGUUCCAGUACCUCACGCUGGCCUUCGCCAAGCUGUUCUUCACGUGGGACUUCAAGGGCAAGUCCGAGACGUUCAUCGUGGACUACUUUGUGAUGGGGAUCAUCUUCACCCGCGUGUACGAGUUCCUCCUCAAGAUGAAGUUCAUCGUGACCUACAUCGCCCCGUGGCAGAUCACCUGGGGCUCCGCCUUCCACGCCUUCGCCCAGCCCUUCAGCGUGCCACACUCUGCCAUGCUGUUUGUGCAGGCCGCCGUCUCUGCCAUCCUCUCCACCCCGCUCAACCCUAUCCUGGGAUCGGCCAUCUUCAUCACCUCCUACAUCCGCCCCAUCAAGUUCUGGGAGAGGGACUACAACACCAAGCGGGUGGACCACUCCAACACCCGCCUCUCCUCGCACCUGGAGCGCAACCCCGGCUCGGACGACAACAACCUCAACUCCAUCUUCUAUGAGCACCUGACGCGCUCCCUGCAGCACUCCCUGUGUGGGGACCUCAUGCUGGGGCGGUGGGGCGUGGUGGGGCAGGGGGACUGCUUCGUGCUGGCGUCAGACUACCUCAACUGCUUGGUGCACGUCAUCGAGCUGGGCAACGGUCUGGUCACCUUCCAGAUGCGAGGCCUUGAGUUCCGUGGCACCUACUGCCAGCAGCGCGAGGUGGAGGCCAUCUCAGAGGGCGUGGAGGAGGACGCAGGGUGUUGCUGCUGUGAGCCAGGCCAUCUGCCUCACCUGCUGAGUGCCAACGCAGCCUUCAACCAACGGUGGCUCGCCUGGGAGGUCACCGCCACAAAGUACGUCCUCGAGGGAUACUCCAUCUCAGACAACUCCGCCGCCUCCAUGCUCCAGAUAUUUGAACUCCGCAAGAUUCUCAUUACCUACUACGUGAAGAGCAUCAUCUUCUACACGGUGAGGUCGAGUCGCCUGCGGGACUGGUUGCAGAAGGCAGAAAUCGACGCCUCGCUGGCCCACACACGGGACAAGAAGUUUGUGGACCUGGACCCAAUGUUCAACCUCAACAUUGAUGAGGAUUACGACUUUAAGGAGUCCGGCAUUACCCGCAACAGCUUCUGCAAUGUGUACCAUGAAUGGGUGGUGUACUGCGUGUCCAGGAGGGAGAGUGAGCACCCGGAGGAGAGAGAGGAGCCCCUGGAGAGUGGGAGGGAGUCUCAGCUCAUCUCCCUCUGCCUGGCUCUUAGUCUGCUGGGGAGACGCGCGCUGUGGGCUGCCUCACACAACGCCAUGUCCAGCGUGGAGUUCUUUCUGCACGGCCUGCACACACUGUUCAAGGGAGACUUCCGCAUCACCUCCAUGCGGGACGAGUGGGUCUUCUCUGACAUGGAGCUGCUGAGGAAGGUGGUGGCUCCUGGUGUGAGGAUGAGUCUGAAGCUACAUCAGGACCACUUCAUGCUUCCUGACGAGUAUGACAACCAUGAGUCGCUGUACAAUGCCAUCCUGGAGCACGAGUCACAGCUGGUCAUCUCCCAUGAGGGUGACCCAACCUGGCGCAAUGCUGUGCUGUCUGGCAAGCCCUCCCUCCUUGCCCUCAGGCACGUGAUGGACGACGGGGCAGAUGAGUACAAGAUCAUCAUGCUGAACAAGCGCCACCUGUCCUUCCGUGUGAUCAAGGUGAACCGGGAGUGCGUGCGGGGCCUGUGGGCGGGACAGCAGCAGGAGCUUGUGUACCUGCGCAACCGGAACCCUGAGAGAGGCUCCAUCCAGAAUGCCAAGCAGGCCCUUCGGAACAUCAUCAACUCCUCCUGCGACCAGCCCAUCGGAUACCCCAUCUAUGUGUCCCCCCUCACCACUUCCUACAGCAACACCAACGAGCAGAUCAACGCCAUCUGUGGCCGCCCCAUCAGCCUCACCCUCAUCAAGGAGACGCUGAUUGGGGUGUGGAAGAGGGUGCGGCAGCGGUGCGGCGAGGGUUGCUCCAGUGGGAGUUCUGGCCUGAAUGACGAGUGUAGCCGAGCCACCGAGCCCCACCACCCCAACAUUCCCCUCCACCAGGUGCUGACCACGGUGCCGGCCAGCCUGGGGUCCGGGGGCAGCCAGGAUGGCUCCCAGGUGGGCGGCCUGAGCCUGGUGACGGCCACGGGCAGCCUGGGGCAUGGCAGCCUGGGGCGGGGUGGCUCCCUCUCGCGGGGCUCCCUGCAGGCCAACCGGGGCUCCAUUGUGAGCGACGUGUCCUCCCUGGUGGGGGGCCGUGCCAACAAACAAUCCACCUCCACCCUGGCCAGCAUGGCCGGCCUGCUGUGGGACACCACCACUAGCCUGGGCCGCCUGGAUCCCAGGGACCGUGACGGCCUGAGUGAGGGCUCCGCCAGUAGCAAGGACCGGGAGUGGAGCGGCCGGGAGCCGUCCCUGCACGGGGGGCGGGAUGGGGGGUCCAUCCACAGCGGGCGGGAAGGCUCCCUCCACAGUGGUCGGGAGCCCUCCCUGCACAGCGGCAGGGAGCCUUCCCUCCACAGCAUGCGGGAGUCUUCACUCCACAGUGGCAGGGAGUCCUCCCUCCACAGCACGCGGGAGUCCUUCCACAGCGGACGGGAGGCCUCCCUGCCAGGGGGCCGGGAGGGGUCCCUGCCCGGCGGGGAGAAGAGGACGUCCCGCCAGGGUCUGCCCUCCGGCAGCCGCAGCACCCCAUCCUCCUCCCUGUCCACCCCUGCCCGGGAUGUGGCGCCUGCUGUGCCGCCCGGUCCCAGGGAGACUCAUGUGCGGGAUGCUGCCUGGGACAGCACUGGCCCCAGGGAGGACUGCACCACCCUGCAGGAGGACCCUGAGGAAAAGUUCACCACGCCACCCCCACCUGACAGACACAUCCAGCGCGUCAGGAUCAUUGACGCCAACCAGGUGUAUGACACCCUCAACCUUGGCCGGCGCAUCGACGUGCUGUGGCCGGAUGAGGGCAUGAGGAAGCGCGGUGGCCGGAGCUUCUGGGGCCAUUGGGUGCCAGUGGAGGGCAUGGAGGGCCCUGUGGUGCACACCUGGACCCCCCACCACCCCGACCCACGCUUCCGCUCCCACGUAGACCGCUCCAUCUUGCUGGUACAGAUUGAUGACAGGUUCGUGCCUGUGGCCCAGGGAGCCGUGCAGGACCUGGGGGCUGAGGUGUAGCUCCUGGGUGCGCUGCGUGGCCGCGCGUCUGCACAUCACUGUUUUAUACAUAGCCAAGGUCCUGUGUGUCCUGUGUUUUCUGGGUCGCUCACAGGACGUUCCUGUUUUAUACUAGUUCAUAAUUUUUCACAUGGCUUAUUUGAUUUGUGCAUCCUGUGAUGGAAGAAUGAGUAUAUCCUCAGCUUGUGAUUGAAGCUCCACCCUUGGGUGAUAUUUUUAAGACUAAAGAUUUACAGAAAAUGUCAAGCCAGCCGGGCACUGGGUAGUGUGUGUGUGGGGAGGCGGUGUGUGCGGCGCCAUUGUGAGCCAGCACAGGGAGGCCAGAGGGAAGUGUGUGCCCCGUGCGGCUCACCCAAUCGUGGCUCUCUGCACCACCGGUCGCUGCCUGUCCUCCCUGCGGGGUGAGGGCGCGGCAGAACAAAUCACAAGUUUCUCAGCCCUGUACUUCAUGUGCUUCCGUGUGUAAUAUAAUUUUUCUAUUUGCAACAAUACAAAGCAGGUCAGUUCUGGAGAAAUUUGGUUUAGGCAAGACUUGAAUCCAAUACAUGCUAGGCUGCCACGUCCCUCAUUGGCCAAAACAACUCCUUAGUAGUGUAGCUUGCACAAAGGAACACACAACAACACAGACAUUUUGUGGUGUGUUGUAAAUAGUGAACAUUGACACACACACACACACACACACACACACACACACACACACACACACACACACACACACACACACACACACACACACACACACACACACAGCGGCUCAGAACUACCUCUCGUUGCAAGGAGUGUGUUGUCUAGCAAAGGACUCACUGAAGGCAGCCCCUGAAGCCUUCCCCACACCACUGGCAGGACUCACACACACACACACACACACACACACACACACACACACACACACACACACACACACACACACACACACACACACACACACACACACACACACACACACACACACACACACAAUACCUAACCCAGCCCGCCCUCAGAUCUUCUCAUUAGCUCUUUGUACUUAAGGUUAGGCAAGUUACAUGAGUCCCUUCUCACAUUAGCAGUAUGAAAGGUGCAGACCGAGGCUUGUUCUUGUCUCCAGGGCCCUGCAUGGGGAAUUAGUCCGUUUUUUGCAGUCCCCAGGGUGUCUGUGGAGAGUGAAGGCAGGGGUGUGACACAAACACUCCCUCACACACAUGAUGCAGUGGUGGUGGUGGUGAUGGUGGGCACCCCUAGCCAACUUGAGAUAAUAGGAAGAGUUAUUACCCUCAUGAUCUUGAUAAGUACUUACCUGAGGGUGGUGUGAGGUAAGUCCCCCUUCCUCCUCCUCCUCCUCCUCCUCCUCCUCCUCCUCUUCCUCCUCCUGGUCCUCCCCAUCUCCCCACCCCUGUAGCUGGAGGGGAUACUGUGUUAUUUUCCAGACUCAAACCUUGUCAUUCCAGUGUUUUUGUGUUCAAGGCCCAGUUGCUCGCCUGCCAGUGUGAGUGUUGACUGGGCGCUGCUGGUGGUUGAGGUGACUGCCAACUACUGUAUCCAAAUGGAGGAGUCUGCUUGUUUCAUCUAUUAUUAUUAUUAUCAUCUUUUUCCUCCCUGUGUGUGUGUUUAGUAAUGUGAAAUGGAGUCACGAUGAAUAUGUCAUUUGUUUCAUGUCUGUUUGAGCUGGUUUUUAUCAUUAUUAUUAUUUUCCUCCUACGUGUGUGUGUGUGUGUGUGUGUGUGUGGCAGUGUGAAAGGAAGACUGUUAAUUUGUAUGAUAUAAGUCACCUGCAGGUUACAAAAUAAGCAGGUGUAAUAGGGAGAUCCUGAGUGUGUGUGUGUGUGUGUGUGUUUUACAAGGAGUUUUGUUUUUAAUAUUGAGUGUUUGGGUUUGGUGAUAAUGCAGCAUCUCAUUUGUGGUGGAGUGAGCAUCCUGCUGCAUCAGGUGUCCCUCAAGUGUGACAUCUUUUUUAUUUUCCCCGUGAUAUUGUGAGAGAGAGAGAGAGAGAGAGAGAGAGAGAGAGAGAGAGAGAGAGAGAGAGAGAGAGAGAGAGAGAGAGAGAGGUACCGUUUUUAAUGUAAUCAGAUGGAGUGCUUCAAGUUCUCAGGUUUUAUUUUAUUUCCAUAAAUCGAAUCGGAAAACGAAACAAUAAAAAAAGAAAAGAUAUCCCCUUUAUAUAUUAUCUAACUGAAGUAUAAAGUAUUACAACAGAAAGCUUGUCAUAGGGUCCUGUAUUUUGAUAUAUGUGUGUGUGUUUCUAUCCAAGUUUCCUCAAUGUAUUUAAAAUUGGGUGGCUGACUUCAUUUGUGAGAGAACAACACCAGGAGGUUAGGAGAGUUUAGGAAUUUAGGGCGCCACUGAGAUCACUGUGUCCCCGCUGAGUGGCAAAGAGCCCAGUUCAUUGCCUUUGUAUUCCUGUCAUAUCGUAAAUGUUCUCCGAGGACUGUGUCGCGUGGCAGUUGUCAUCAAGUUGGUGUGUGUCUGUGUGUAUGUGUGUCUCUGUGUGUGUUUAUCAAGAAGAAAAUCCUGUGAAAUUGUCAGUGGUAUAUGAUUUAUUUAUUUUUUAUUUUAUUUUAGGAUAUUUUCUCAGGGGAUGCGUUACUAAGUGUGUUCGAACCUGAAUUAACGAAGAACUUGUGAAACCUUGUGCUGAACAACUAACAGUGCCAGCCAAACAUUGCACUGCUUCACUUGGAUUCAGCUUAUGCCUCAUCUAAUUUACUCAGUUUUGUGUGUGUGUGUGUGUGUGUGUGUGUGUGUGUGUGUGUGUGUGUGUGUGUGUGUGUGUGUAUGUGUGAGAUGAGGUGAAGAGAAGCCAUGAAGUAAGGACAGCAGUAUUAAGCCAGAGCCAGAAGAAGCCAGCUCUCCACAUUUGCCUUGCUGCUUCCACUCAACUGAAGCGCGAUUCCCGCGUGACUUGUGAAGCGAGACGUCAUUGUCGUCCUCAAAUAGUUCAAUAUUUUCCUACCGAAUGAAGAGCUGUGAUUGAAGAACACUAUGAGCCAUUCUUUCACGUGCUGGAUAAAAAUUGUACUGUGCAACGGUGGUGUAUAAAAGGCAUUACACAUUAGCGCUGAUUUCAGGAAACUGUCGGGCGAGUGGAUCUCAAGUGUGGGGGGUUUUCAGAAGCAGGUGUUUCAGAGGCGAGGGUUGACGCAUGCACGGCCGCACCGCUCCUGGAGGGGUUCGGGAUGAGAGAAGAUAGCACUCCGUAGCAGACAGUUUUUAAUAGUUCGUAGCUUACGGCUUCUUUGCUCUACACUUAGUGGUGAUCUUGUCCUCUUUUCCGUGCAAUAUUGUCCCUUCCUCCCACGAUCCUUCUCACCGGAGUAAUCGUGCCUCGUGGCGGGCGCAGGGAGGGCCUCUGCACCAUGCCAGGGAUGGAGGGAGGGCAGGCUGUGGUCUUUGCUGAGUCAGGGUGCAUUGCAGUGUUCCUUACCUGUCACGUGAAGCUGCCCAGGUUGUAAAGCCACGAGAUGGUCCCUCGCCGACCCGUGCCGGCGCAGGGAACAGAUUCAUCCUAGCGUUUUGUUCUCCUUAGUCUUGUUUAUUCAGAAUAUGGAAUGUUUGUAUACAAAUAAGGGAUAUUCCAUAUUUUCAUUUAGAAGCACAUUUACCUAAGCAGUUAUACAUGCAUACACAUAAUAUUAAGCACUCUCAUGCUCUAGCAGACUUGCAUAAACACUAGGCUAUGUACAAACAUUCAGGUGAGGGUGACGGCCAAGAGAGUUGAUCUUAGCUUCUAGUUGUUUCUUGUUAUAUAGUAGCUGCUUGAGACAGGAAAAAUUAGUGUUACAUUGGUGCUUUGAUACUGCACAGGGAGGUGUGUGCGUGCGUGCAUGUGUGUGUGUGUGUGUAUGUGUGUGACUGUGCGUGCUUAUGAGCAAAAAAUGGGUGUAAAAUGUAAAGUUUCCAAACAGAUUAUUUUACCUAAUGUUUGAGGAUGCCAUGUGUUAUGAGGUGCUAGUGCAUCGGAGGGCAGAGGAGGGCGCCUCUCAGGGCCCUCGCUGCAGUGACCCGGUGGUGUGGGGGCGGCGGGCUCAGGUCACCGCCCGUCAGACACGAACUGACCCGCAGUGAACCCCGAGUGGCAGUCAAGCGUAACAUGGUGUGACCAAACUUGACCUGACGUUGCCCCCACGCUGACACGACCUGUUUUGUAACCUGACCUUUGUGAGAUGAAGUAUUUAUUGGGAGAGUGAGUGAGUGAGUGAGUGAGUGAGUGAUUGAUUUCGUGAGUGAUUGAUUUCGUGAGACGACGGAUGGACUUUCUAUAUGAGUUACUGUGAUAACUAAACAAUGAGGUGGUUAGAGGACGUGAGAGCUGCCGCAGUGUUCCUUUCCUUCACUCCUCAUUUGGUGUUUUAUGUGAUAUCAAUCCCUGUUGUGCUCGAGGGCUUACUCCUGCACUUUUGUUGUUAUUAUCAUUAUCAUUAUUAUUAUUAUUACUAUUGUUAUUAUUAUUAUUAUUAUUAUUAUUAUUAUUAUUAUUAUUAUUAUUAUUAUUAUUAUUUUAUUAUUAUUAUUAUUAUUAUUACUGAGUUCUCAAGCUUUUGCUGUAUGAUUCCUGUGAGUGCUGGGUGCAAUGUGUUUUUUUUCCCCCUCGUCUUAAGUUAUAUAUAUAUAUGUUUUUUUUCCUCGCCUUAAGUUAGAGAUAAUGUUUUUUCCCUCUUCUUCAGAUAGAUAUAUGAUUUUUCUCCUCUUCUUGAGCUACGGAUGUGUUUUUUCCUUCCCGGGUUAGAGAUACGUGUUUUUCUCUCCUUGGGUUAAAUGUAUGAACCGUUUCUCUGCUUCUUGGCCACAAAUGUGUUCUUGAUGCCGCACUCACCAGCACGCACUCUGGCCCGGUCACUUGAGGCCGUGUGAUGGUAAUACUGUCAUUGCCUGAUGCUCUCGCUGACUGAUGUGUGCUUUCCUGUUUUUAGAAGGUGCAGCAAAUUGUCUAUUCCCACCAAAACCUGUGAUUAUUUGUAAGAUACCAGUUUAUUUGUACAGUAUGGUACCUUAUUGUAGAGAUUAGACUGGUGAGUGGAUUUUGGUGGUGAGGAAACACAGUUGAAGAAGAUCUUUAUUUCUCUAAUGUUUUGACAGAGAGGAAGACUCACUAUUGAAAUGUUACAGAAACAGACAUCCUGCUUCCUUCUGUUUUCUCACCACCAGAAUCCACUCUUGGUAUCUUUUAAACACACAAACACUAAAUCUGCCACACCUUUCAAGACAAGACAGGGAUGUAGGACAGUCAGUGAAUGAGGAUGUGAGGAAUUGGCAGUUCGGGUGAGUCAAGUUCCUUCAGCAGAGUCCGUGGCCUGAGUGCAGUGUGUUGUGUAUCUCCUUGACACAGACACACAGGUUUAACACUCACAAGGCUACUGCUGCUGCUUCCUGACCUGAAAUAAUGUGUUCAUUGGUAACAAACACAUCUCACACACACACACACACACACACACACACACACACACACACAGUAAAGCAUUAGGCCCUCAUAAGGUGCUAUCAAGAGGCUGGGAACACACACAAACACACUCAGUAGCACAGCACACUCCAGCCACACCCAUUCAACACACACAGGUUAGGGAGGGUCAGUUGUGCUUCAUGAGAGAAACUUCCUUCUUUCUGUUUUAUUUACAUUGAAUAUCAAUUUCAUUUUUUAUUUUACCUUCCAUAAGUUAAUUCUCAUUUGUGUGUAUGUGUAUAUGAGAGUGACAGAGAGAGAGAGUGGUGUGGUAAUGGUGGAGUGGCUUGGGGGUGUGGACAGCAGUGUGGUGGUAGUGCAGUGUGGCUGUGGUGGCCAGGCCAGUCUAGAUCCCCCCCUUUCAGAGAAUCAGUACAUGGAUCAUUAACUUAUUGUAUCGUUCCCAUGUCUUGCUUUCCACCGUGUCGAGAGAGAACCGGAUUGGCCGUGUCAAAGCCAAUGUGAUGGUACAUUUUUGAUCUUGGGUUGUGAGAUUACUGUUUUUUUUUGGUAUUGUACAUAAGAAUUUUGUGGUGGAGGAUAUAACAUUGCAACCGGUACAGACUUAGACAGCUUGGUUGAAAGUCUUGAAUCCACCAAACAUAUCCGAUAAAAAAGUAACAAAGAAAUACGUACAGAUUGUUUGCCAAGUCACUUUUCACCCUCAGUUCCAAAUGUUGACAACGUCUUGACACAAAAUGAUGUAGUACCUGCCUUAAUUAUUGUUUAUAUACACUCAGGAAAUUAACAACAAAAGUCAUUCUCAUCUUUUAAUACCCAAUGUGGACUUGCAUUAUAAGGGAUGUUACUCUGACAUGCCCAUUGUAUUAACUGUGGUGGGGAGAUACCGUAGAACCUGUAAAAGAUGGAACAUAUCUUAGACAUCACAAUUCCACCCAACAGAUAGACAGACAGACAAACAGACAGGUGUAGUAUUCUUGUUCUGGUCAUGGUGAAGAAACUUUUGAUAAUUUUCCUGCUUUGGUUGUGCCGCUAGUGAAGUAAAAGACAACGUAAGAACACAAGGGAAGCUGCAAGAAGCCGUUAAGCUUACAUGUGGUAGUCCCUUAACGUACCAGCCAUACUGAUGUGUUAAAAUAACCCAAUCACCUAAAACACUGGAAAGGGAACAUGGAAAAGUGUGUUUUGUACUUCAUUCAUAUAUAUUUCAUCAUGUGACACAGAUGCCUUCACACACACACUCAUGAUGUUCCAAUGAUGUACUGGCAAAGGUUCAUAUUGUUAUUGCACUAACUCUCAUCUCUGAUAGUACAGUUGAGGCCAGGAGUUAGGUUAGCCUGCCACACCCUCCCCUGUGCUGUGUCUCUCAGUCUUAACUUGAAUCUACUGGCAAUAACUCGUCAGGUUUCACGAGUGCCGGCAGAUCACACAACCUUAGGACUGAGAGACGACAGUAGAGGUGACAUGAGGGUACCUAACUGUGCCGUGUCUUUCUUCAGUCCUCACAGUGAUCUGGUAACAACUCGUCAUAUUUCACGAGAUUGCCAGCAGAAAGACACAGAACAGCAAGGCGACGUGAGUUUACAUAAUUUGUGGUCCAGACUGUACAUACAUGGAGGGGUGUGUUUGGAUACCUGCCCCCCUGACCACCUCACUGGCACACUCAGUCCCCUCCCAUUGCCCCUGUCAGGUAAAGGGUAGACCCUAGGCCUUAUAAACUUGAUGUGGAGGGAGCCAGGUUAGCUCAUCUUUAUUAUUAUCCUUUUUUUUUUUUCUGGUGUUGUUGACAGAAUGUUUUAGAAAAGCCUCACCCAGAGUAAUAUAUUGUUGGUGUUGAGUGUAUAUAAUAUGUACAUAAGGUUGUGUAUAUAGUGUAUAUUACAGAAAAUCAAAUGGAGGGAUGUAUGGUUAUUUAACUAUCAUUACUAUUAUAAUGUUAUAGAUUCAAAGCUCCUUACUUUUUCAUACAAUAAAAUGAAGAAUGGA